AUGACGUGCAUAAAGUUAACGCACCGAACAAACUUCGGUCUCUUGUUAUCGCUGCGGGUCAUGAAGCACUCAGAUAACUCUUGUCGGUAUAUGAAUGUCAAAUGCUUGCAUUGCAACAGAAAGGGUCCCAUCAAGCGUGGUUGUCGGAGCAGACAGUUUAAAGAAUCGCCAGGCGAAAAUAAGCGUCAUGUUCGUAAUCUGGCACUGCCACGCAGCAACUUGCAAAACGUGAAAGCCGCCGCAGAAGUAAGAUCAAAACCGAUCAUGGUCGAAGUUGCCAUUAACGACCUACCAGUGAACAUGGAACUUGACACAGGAGCCGCUGUAUCAGUUACAUCUAUUUCACAGUUCCAUUUGCUUUUUCCAAAUGCUCAAUUUCGCAGGGCAAGCCGUACGCUAAGAACCUACACGAAUGAACCUGUGCAGCCCUGCGGAGCACCAUUUGUGGCAGCCCAGUGCAACGCACAGAGCCUGCACCUGCCAUUGUACGUGCUGCACCAGGAUGGUCAGCCACUACUGGGGCGCAAUUGGCUGCAGCACGUCCAGCUAAAUUGGACGCAAAUCCAUGGACUUCACCACAUACAGCACGGGAGGACAAGUAGCUCCAAGAAAUCACCUGAGUUCGAGUCCUUGCUAAGCCGCUAUCAAGAACUGUUCAAGGACGAACUCGGCACAGUAAAAGAUUUUCCUGGCGCUGGCCCUUGUUUCACCUUCUGCGCCCACCCACAUCUGUCCUACCGUGGGUUUGUGCGUCGACGUUGUCCAAGACCGUCAAGAGCCAGUCAACCGCACGUGUGGUCUCCAUUAUUUUCCAUCCUUCCUGUAUGUACCGCUAGACGGACACCGCAUCGUUUCCGGGCGACGUCACCGGCUGAUUUACAGCCCUUUCCCAGCCCCUUCAAAAGCAGCUUGCUGAUGAACUACUCCUUCAGUGGGCAUGCGAGCAGCACUCGUUGCCCUAUGCCUCAUGCGCAACUUUUCUUCGCUCCACAGUUACGAAUGCUUCAAGCUUAA